AUGUCGACACCACGAGCAAAGCCGCUUGAGAAGCUCAUUACUGCCACCUCAAAAUGCACUCUUGAGGGAGCUGCAUAUGGCAAAUGUAUCGCCGCCGAAUACCAAAAUGUCCGCAAGGACAUGUGUGCGAAGGAAUUCAUGCAAUUGAAAAACUGCUACCUGGCAGCGGCAGGCAGAAAGCGAUAA